AUGUUUUUCGUCAGCUGGUUUUUGAUUGUGACGUAUUUCUAUGGAAAUAUGGGGAACCUUAUGAACGUUGUGGACCCGAUGUGGCGAAUCCUUAGUUCUCACGCCGGUAUUAUCACCUCUCUUCUCACAGGGACCACCUCCCUACUCUUUGCUGGCGGAUCAGCGGUUCUAAACUUCUCCUUCUCUUUCGUACUUCUCUCUUUUUACACCUCCGUCGAGGUAGCUGUCACUAGCGUUGUGGUGACGACGCUCAAACGCACCAUCUUCUACGGCAUGUAUACUCUCCUCACUCAUACUCUCUUCGGUCUCGACGUCAUUGUUCUACCCUCUAUAAUUGCCACAAUCCUUGGGGCUAUUCCACUUGUGGGAACUUACUGGGUGGUGCUGCCGGGCGCUGUGGAGCUCUGGUGCCUCCGUGGAUCCUAUUGGCUGGCUCUCCUUCUCCUCCUUCUCCAUCUACUCCCCUACUCCUUUUUGGACACUGCAUUUUACAGUGAAAUAAAAGGCGCUGGUCACCCAUAUCUCACUGGCCUUUCGAUUGCGGGUGGUCUGUACUGCUUUGGGACGGAGGGCGUGUUCAUCGGCCCAGUGGUGCUGUGCUGUAUGCUGGUUGGCGUAAAUCUCUUUCGUCUCCUCCUCACGGAGGAGACAGGGAUCAUGAGAAUGCAUAAUUAUCCAAGUUCCAAUUUUUCUUUAAUUUGA